CAUUAUUUUUUGUCUCCUGUUUCACCGUAUCAAUUACAGGAGCUCUUUCUACUGAUAUCGAGAGGACUUGAAAGAGACCGUAGAAAAUCCAAACGGUCGCCGGAGGACGAUAUAGUCCGUCCAUCAUAUCGCUGCUCCGAGAUCGCCGUGCUUGAAGUAGCGGGAUACAAAGAAUAUGGAGCGCAGAAGGCGUUUGAUAUUGGCAAUUUUUGUUGCUUUUCUAUUUGCUUUGUCUUCUGCGAGAGGAAAGCUUGAGAGCUGGAAAAGGUUGCGGUUCAUUCAACAUCUUUUCUGCCGGGGAAAGUUUAUGAAGAAACUUAAGGUGAAGCACAGGCCCAAGGACAUAAAUAAUCUCCCCAUUUACAAUCACACUCUCGCUACAAUAUUAGUGGAAUAUGCUUCUGCUGUUUAUAUGUCAGAUUUGUCAGAACUGUUUACUUGGACUUGCUCAAGAUGUGAUGAUUUAACUGAGGGAUUUGAGAUUAUUGAGCUGAUUGUGGACAUUCAGCACUGCCUACAGGCAUUUGUUGGUGUGGCAAAGAAUCUUAAUGCUGUAGUUAUUGCAUUUCGAGGAACUCAGGAACACAGCAUACAGAAUUGGGUUGAAGACUUAUUCUGGAAACAGCUUGAUCUAAACUAUCCUGGCAUGCCUGAUGCAAUGGUGCAUCAUGGAUUUUAUAAUGCUUAUCAUAACACAACAGUGCGCCCUGGAAUUCUAAAUGCUGUAAAAAGAGCACAAGAUUAUUAUGGAGAUCUUGACAUCAUUGUGACAGGGCAUUCAAUGGGAGGGGCUAUGGCUGCCUUUUGUGGACUUGAUCUAACUGUCAACCAUAAAGCCAAAAAUGUGAUGGUUAUGACAUUUGGACAGCCUCGUAUUGGCAAUGCAGCUUUUGCAUCUUACUAUAGUCAACUUGUGCCAAAUACAAUAAGAGUAACAAAUGACCAUGAUAUGGUGCCGCAUUUGCCUCCAUACUACAGCUACUUCCCCCAGAAGACAUACCAUCACUUCCCAAGAGAGGUGUGGCUGUAUAAUAUUGGACUUGGAAGUUUGGUCUACAGAGUAGAGAAGGUCUGUGAUGUUACUGGUGAAGACCCUACCUGUAGCAGGUCAGUAAGUGGGACCAGUAUAUCAGAUCAUUUAAAUUAUUACGGUGUCGAGUUAAUGGGAGAGACAUGGCGAUCUUGCGGAAUUGUGAUGGAUCCACUUGUAAAGGAAUAUGGCAAAACAGAUCUUAAAGGAAAUUUUGCAUUGUCCAAAGAACCUGCUAUGCCUAUUCUUAAACUAAAAACAGAGGCGAAUGAUGGAGGCAGCCGUGUAUAGAAUAUUAUUUGGGUGAGGGCAAGAUUUCUCAUGUUGAUUUUCUCACAACCGCUCAAAUAUUCAUUCUCUGUUUGGUACCUUUGCUUGGAGGUUUGGAUGGAGAAUGCUGUUCUGUAUAGGGAGGAAAUGUGUAUAUAGAAACAAACUGACUCUCGUACAUGUUCAGCCUUGUAAUAUUAAUACAAAUACCUAUUGUUUUAACCAUCUUUAAGGAGGUAUUUCCACAUACGCUGUUGUAAAUUCUGUAAUCUGUGCAUUGUUGAAGUGAUCAUUUUAUUUCGAAUUCC